GUCUGUCUGUCUGUCAGUGACCGCGAGCGCACGAGCACGAGCACGAGCACGAUCACGAUCAGAUCCGCCGCUCUGCCAGGGCGCAGAUGUCGGCCCAUCAUCGCAGCAAGCGGCGAGACUGCGAGGCCGGCAGGAGCUUGCCGAGUACGUACGACGAGCUAGAGGUCCUGCGCAGACAUCAUCAGUUCAUUCGGGACGAUAGCAAGCCGCAGCAGAAGCUCACGUACGAGGAAGAGCUCUCACUCAAGUGGUACAACACCCUCUUCCGAGAGUACGCACUCGUCGACUUGAAGCACUACAAGUCGGGCGCACUUGCCUUGCGCUGGCGAACGAGCGAGGAAGUCGUCGCACGACUAGGCGAGCUGACCUGCGGCUCACUGAGAUGUGAGUGGCACAAGCCUGCUCACAAGCACGAGCGAGACCGGUCACGUUCGCCCAUCUCAUCGUCGAGAUACUCGCGCGGCAGUCUGAAGGACGAUGACGAGCCCUCUGUGCCCGUCGAGUUGACGAGCUGGCAAGUGCCCUUUGCGUAUACCGAGCAAGGCAAGAGCAAGAGCGCUCUCGUCAAGAUCACCCUGUGCCCCAGAUGCUCCAAGAAACUCAAUUUUGCGAGACAGCCGAAAGCAAACUCGACCGACGCGAGUGCACAGGCCGGAGCAUAGGUUGUCCUGCGCGUACGCAAAGGUGUACAAGAUCAUUGCUGGCAAUGAUGCCGUAUGGUGCGUCUGCCUGACGCAAUCGGUCGUCAUCUGGCACCAAUCCUACGAGGCGCUGUCUGCAAUCAGUCGCAGACAGCGACUCUGUCACUUCGGACAGACGCUUCACCGUUGCCGUCUGCUUACCGUGACCGGUCCUCUGUCCUCUGUGCUAAUGCAGACACGGCAGAGUCAACCGGGGCACCUUUGUACAUGAUAUAUCUGGCGAGCGUCUCGGGCAUCGUCUGUUGGCCUACUUCGUUCGCGUGCAGAUGCGUAUAGCAUGUGCGCUCGCGCAGUGCAUCCUGUUAUAGCGCAGGCUCGAUCAGCCUGCGUUGGCCUCCCUCAUGUUGGACUGCGUCAUAUGCAUCGAGUCGAGUUGCGCGACGCG